GUCUCAGCCUCCAUGUGAGCCGCUGUCAUUUCCCUUCAGCAGGACAGAUGGCCACAGCUGGACAGGUCAUCAGGUGCAAGGCAGCAGUAGCCUGGGAAUUCAACCAGCCCUUGGUGAUCGAGGAGGUGGAGGUGGCGCCGCCUCAGGAGAAGGAGAUCCGGAUCAAGAUCGUGGCAACAGGAGUGUGUCAGUCGGAUCUGUACUUCCUGUGCAAAUGUCAGAACCAGAAGUUGUUCCCGGCGGUUUUUGGCCAUGAAGCAGCCGGUGUGGUGGAGAGCAUCGGACCUGGAGUCACAGAGUUCCAGCCGGGAGACACGGUGAUCCCGCUGUUCAUGCCUCAGUGUCGGGAAUGCCGCCUCUGCAAGAGUCCCAAGACCAACCUCUGCGUCAACGGGUUGGCCGGUCAAAUUGAUGAGCGGAGCUUUGAGUGCUCCAGGAUCAGCUGCAGGGGCAGGAAGCUGCUGCAGUUCCUGGGAACCAGCAGCUUCUCUGAGUUCACCGUGGUGAAGGAGAUUUCUGUGGCCAAGAUCGACCCGGCCGCGCCGCUGGACAAGGUCUGUCUGAUCGGCUGCGCCAUCUGCACCGGAUACGGAGCGGCCGUCAACACCGCCCAGGUGGAGGCGGGCUCCAGCUGCGCCGUGUUCGGCCUGGGAGCCGUGGGCCUGGCUGCAGUCAUGGGCUGCAGGGCGGCAGGAGCCAAAAGGAUCAUCGCCAUCGACAUCAACCCGGAGAAGUUUGAGAAAGCCAAAAAGUUGGGGGCCACUGAUGUGGUGAACCCCAACGACCACAGCAGACCCAUCCAGCAGCUGCUGCAGGAGACGACCGGCGGCGGAGUGGACUUCUCCUUCGAAUGCAUCGGGAACGUGGAGGUCAUGCGCAGCGCCUUGGAGUCGUGCGCUCCCGGCUGGGGGGUCAGCGUGAUCGUCGGCUGGACGGACAUGCAGAACUUCAGCGCCUCGCCCAUCCAGCUCAUGACUGGACGGAAAUGGACGGGAACUCUGUUUGGAGGGUUUAAAGGGAAGGACGGCGUUUCCCAGAUGGUCACAGCUUACCUGGACAGGAAGCUGAUGGUGGACGAGUUCAUCACCCACAGCCUGAGGCUGGAGCAGAUCAACGACGCCGUGGAGCUGAUGAAGAACGGCCGGUGGUCCGACCCAAAGCGCUGCUCAGAUUCACGCCGGAUGUUCCUUCCUGGCUGAAACUGACUGGAUGUUUCUGUGUCUGCAGCAUCCGGGCCGUGCUGACGGUUUCUCCGCAGUGACGUCGUCCAGCAACGUUUCCAUCCUGUGGCAGAUCUGGAUUCUGCAUUGAUUGUUUCCAGUUCUAGACUGAUGUUUGCAGAAUGCACCUAGAAGCUGAUUUUGUCUUCAAUAUAAUGAUCAUGUGAACAGUUCAGUCUGAUGAUAAUCUGACGUCUUAAAAGAUGAAAUGAUGAUAAAGUAAAACUUCACUAAAGUUUCUUCAUUUUUGA